ACUUGUGAAAAUGCUUUUUGAUAUUUGUGUUACUAUAUUAUUGCGAAAUAUACAUUAAUGUCGUCUUUUUUAAGGUGUCAUUCGGUACAACAAGGGAGUAAUCCAUGUUCAUAUUUGAACUUCCGCUUCCACCGUUGGAUAAUUCAAGAUGAAUCAUGCAGCCAUAAUCCCAAAUCGGUUCCAGCUGAACGAGGACUUUGACAAUAUAAUCGUUCCGAGUCAAACUUCAAGAAAGAGGAGGAAUUUAAGGAAGGGUGAUACUGUUGCACAGAAGGCUUCAAAAUCAACAUGCCCAAAACAACAGCAGCAUCAGCAAAUUCAUCACCAGCAACAGCCGGGUCCGUCUGAUCAAGAACUCUCUACUCCUAAAACAGUCAUUGAAUCUGAGUAUACACUCACACCACUAAGGCAGUAUGAGCACCUGCUGAUUCAGGGUAAAGGCCUGUCUCCAAGCAGCCCCCAUCACACUGCAUUUGCCCUGCAAGACUUUGACCAGACAUGUAACAAAUUGAAGGAUGUCUAUUACAUUGUUCGGAGACGGCACAUUACGUGUUGUGAUGGAAAUACCUGGAUCUAUGCUUGCCAGUGUGAAAGGGCAAGGGAGACGCUGGUGUUUGCCAUUGAACAAGCGUAUAAUGGCUCAGUCCAAGAAAUCAAAG